AUGAAUACCUGGUCUGGCGACACGCCCCACGCCAGGGAACCUCUCAGAGUGCCUGUUCCUCAGACUCCGUGCUUCAGCUCGAUUCCCAGCCUUCCCAAACUCGCCCCCAUCUCCUUCCAGAUGCGCAACCCGCGUAUGCUCGCGAGCAUGUACAACUCAAACGACGGGAUACACGACCCGCGGCCGAUGGCCAUGCUUCAUCCCGAUAUCAACGAACUCGUCGAGGCCAUGAACGGCCUCCAAAGCAUCCGGCUGCUCAUCAAGUGGCCCGGUUAUCCCGACCAUGUCGAGAAGGUCUCGCUACGCACGCCCGACAAUAAGCGGUGGGAGACGCGCCUCGCUCUUCAUGCCAAGAUCGCCAGGGCAUACGAAGCGUUCUUUGCGUAUGCGCGUGAUUUCUACAUUUCGACAGUCUUGUUCUCCACAAUGACGGAGAUCCGAAAGAUCGGACACGACCGCUCUGGCAUGCCCGCGGAACUCUGGGAUCUUGUCUUGAAAGAACUCCCGGCCGCCGACGCAGGUGUAGACGAGGACCACCGUGCGGCCAACAUCCAGCUCAUGCAACGGCGCAAGCUCAGGAAUACCGAGAUCCUCCGACGCAUCGCGGACGACACUCAAUUUGCGCUGAUCGUCGAGCGGAUGACCGUCCGCGUCCACCGCCACAACGAAGGAUGCAAGUUGGACAUCGAUGGCUUGAUCAGCGCGGUCAAGUCGCUCCCACACAUAUGGUCGUUCCGAUUGUAUGGUUGCACCCCGAGCGUGACUACCACAGUGCUUGAUGCUCUGGCCGGAACGUGUGGAGCGACACUCACAGAGCUUCUCACUACUACCACAGUCGAUCUGGGGGACGACACAUUGUCAUCCAAGUUCAAGAGCCUCCAAGUACUCUCUUUGGAGGGCAAUCACCUGAACGUCUCGCAAGACGCGGAAGUAGAGCUCAGGACGUGGAUCAGGAACGCGCCAAACACGCUUCUCCACCUCUCUGUAUCCGAAUGUGCGGUAUGGGACACACCCCUACGCGUAUUCUCCAGGCUGCACGAGCUCUCCUUGUAUGAUCCACUACGCCUCAGCGAAUUUGUUAUCGUCCUGGAGCACUGUUUGCAACUGCGGACACUCAACAUCUUCACCAAUAGCUCGUUUUGCGAGGCGCAACUCCACUGGACGGUGUCCCACCUAGCGCCCGACUCUCUCCCACAUCUCACGUCGUUCAGGUUCGUCUGCGGCGACAACAAUGUGUUCAACCAAAGCCAGAGCCUACUCACCGCGUUUAUACGAGACAAGAAGGACUUGCGGCGGCUUGACCUUGAAGUCAGCGCGUCAUUCAUAGGCAUCGACGAUUACACGCACUUCCUGGACGUCUUCGCGUGCCUUCCGCAGCUCGAAAUCGUUGGACUGCGACUGCGAGGGAAAUUCUUCACGCAAGAGCAUCUACGGCUUCUUGACGAGCGGCUUCCGCUCCGCCUUUCCGCGCUUCUCCUGGUCUUGGACUUCCCGGACGGCGACGUACCUAUGCGCAACUGGACGGCGAUGCUCAAAAAGCGUCAUUUGCUGGGGUAUCUUCACGUCAUGGACAUCACACCGACGCUGCUAGACCUGCGCGACGCGCUGCUCAAGGAACAUCCGCCGGCUCUCCAGCUCGUCGGAUACGGCACGCGCUUGGACUGGAUCCAGCGCGACUCUCCGAUCGACGAGGCUGCCUACGGCACCCCUUGGAAGGACACUACUGUCGCCUUUCGGACUGCAGAGGACUUUGGUUACUCGGAAGACUGGGAGUGGCUGGUGCGGAGCCACUUGUACUCAUACUAG